AUGACUCCUGCUUUUCUAUCACAGAGAGGUAGACAAUUUAAUAUGUUAUUUAUAUUAACUACUGCAUUGUAUUUAGUUUAUAUUUGUCCAGUGCAGUCCUAUUUUAUCUAGCAUUUACAAUUAAUGUCUUCUUUUGGGAUAAAUAUUCAAUCAAUCAAAAUUAUCAAAUUGAUAAAUGAUUUACAAUGGAUUUUUUAGUCAUCAAAUAAAAUGCUUUUAAAUUGUUGUAUUACCCUUUAGCAAUUAUUUAUUCCUGAGGUUGUUCUGGAGAUUCAAUUUAGUAAUCUAUGGAGCUCUAAGUGCAGGACUAAAGUUCAUAAUCUUUAAGGUUAAGGAUUGAAAAAGAAAAGACCCAAUGUUAAAUUUAGAGAAUAAUCAUUUUUCAAAAGUUAUAACAAAUUUCUUGAAAUUUAAGAAUUGAAUCCUUAACUGAGAUUUAGUUAAUUCACUUAAAAUGAACAAUGA